UCCUUUUUAAAAGAAUUGAAUAAAUUCUCUGUAACUCGUCUUCUACCUUGCUCUCUCUCUGUAAGCGACUCAUCCAUGACUCAUCCGCGGUCAGAUCAGGAGGACGAAGAUAAGAUUUAUCAGGAGGAUGAUGAGAUUUCUGUUGACGACGACGAUGAUGAUGAUGAUAUGUAUUUUGGAUAUCAGGAUGAUUAUGUGGUGUUUGUUAAAGGUCCUCAACCAAGGAUAGUCUCACCAGCAGAAGAAACGCGUUAUGUUGGUCUUACGAAUCAGGGAGCAACAUGUUAUAUGAACUCUCUUCUCCAGACUCUAUAUCAUAUUCCUUAUUUCAGGAAGGCGGUGUACAAAAUGCCAACAACUGACAGGGAUUUGGCAUUAGGAGGAAGCAUCCCUUUGCCUCUACAGAGUUUGUUUUAUAAGCUGCAGUACGAUAAAAAUAGCGUCGCCACCAAUGAGCUCACAAAAUCUUUCGGAUGGAAUACACAUUAUUCUUUCAUGCAAAGUGAUGUGCAGGAAUUUAAUAGGGUUCUGUGUGAAAAGCUUGAAGAUGAAAUGAAGGGAACUGUUGCGGAGGGUACGAUACAAGACUUGUUCGAAGGUCACCAAAUGAACUAUAUUGAUUGCAUCAAUGUGGACUACAAAUCUACCAAAAAGGAGUCAUUUGAUGACCUUCAACUUGAUGUAAAAGGCUGUAAGGAUGUUUAUGCUUCUUUCGACAAGUAUGUGGAAGUGGAGCGUCUUGAAGGUGAUAACAGGUAUCAAGCUGAUCAACAACAUGGUUUACAGGAUGCAAAGAAGGGUGUCCUUUUCAUUGAUUUCCCACCUGUUCUCCAGCUCCAGCUAAAACGGUAUGACUACGAUUUUGUGCAGGACACUAUGGUAAAGAUAAAUGAUCGGUAUGAAUUUCCGCUGCAACUUGAUCUUGAUAGGGAAGAUGGCAAAUACUUGUCUCUAGAUGCUGAUAGAAGUGUUCGCAAUCUUUACACACUUCAUAGUGUUUUGGUCCACAGUGGUGUGCGGAAUGGUGGACAUUACUAUGCUUUCAUAAGACCAACACUCUCAGAGCAAUGGUUUAAAUUCAAUGACGGGCGGGUAUCAAAAGAAGAUACCAGGUGGGCAGUAGAGGAGCAAUACGGUGGGAAGGCAAGACAUCCAAAUGCAUAUAUGCUCGUGUAUAUAUGUGAAAGUGACAAAGAUGAAAGUAUGUGUAACGUGGAUGAGAUGGACAUUGCUAAGCACCUGAGGGUUAGGUUUAAGAAAGAACAAAAAGAAAGGGAGGCUGAGGAGCUUAAGAAGAAGGAAGAAGCAGAGUCUGCUCGAAUCAAGCACCUUUCUGAACAGUUCAGGAGAGAUAUCGAUUUUGAUCUUGUUGAUCGCAACGGUGAUCAGGUUGUGCAUUUCCGAUCUUUGGAGAAGCCAAAGGAAGAUGAUUUUACCUUCGAGCUGUCAAUGGCAUUAACAUAUGAUGAUGUCACGGAAAGAGUUGCUCGCCAUCUUGGUUUGGAUGACCCAACCAAGAUCAGACUUACCUCUCAUGACUGUGUUUUUCUACGACCUAUACCCCAAGCAAUUAGCUACCGAGGUGUUGGUCACUUGUCUGAGAUGUUUACUUGCUACAACCGGUCAUCUAAAAUUUUGUAUUACGAAGUUUUGGACAUCCCUUUACCUGAGUUGCAAUGUUUGAGAUCUCUGAAGACAAAAGAUGAUACAGUUGUUUAUAGAAUUAGACUUCCACAAGAAAGUACAGUUGGUGAUGUGAUUAAUGAUCUGAAGACAAAGGUUUAG